CAAGUGAACAAUGUCUCAGUGACUGAUCUCUCGGGUCCGCGGGCAUCCAUGGUCUAUCUCCCGGGGAUGCAAUCCGAGGCGCACAGCGUCAAGCCGGGACAGCUGGUGGAGAUGUUUGACUCGUCUUGGAGGGUGCGGAACAUAUGGGACGGGGUGAGAUUGGAGGUGGUCGAGGACCGCAGCCCGGUGGUCCUGCACAGCUUCACACACCUGGACCCGGACCUGCCCCUGCUGGAGAGCUCGACGCAGGAGAUCGGCGAGGAGGCCGAGGAGGACGCCAUCUUCACCAUCACGCUGAGGAAGGUGCAGCUUCAUCAGUCGGCCAGUAAGGGGCAGCGAUGGCUGGGCGUGGAGACGGACUCGGCCCUCAGCCUCUACGAGACCUGCAAGGUGCGGACCAUCAAGGCCGGCACGCUGGAGCGGCUGGUGGAGUACAUGGUGUCGGCGUUCAGGGGGAAAGACUCCACCUACGUCACCAUCUUCCUCUGCACCUACCGAUCCUUCGCCACCACCAGGCAGGUGCUGGACCUCCUGCUCAACAGGUAUGCCAAGCUCCAAAAUGUGCCUGCAGCCACAGCACACAGAGUCUCCCAGGACGACUGCACAGAGCUGAGAAACACUGUUUCGUCCAUCCUGGGUGCGUGGCUGGACCAGUACUCCGAGGACUUCUGGACUCCUCCGAACUACGACUGUCUGCACCAGCUCAUGUCGUACCUUCACCUCCACUUCCACGGCUCGGACCUGGAGCGCCGCGCCCGCAACCUGCUGGCCCACUUCUACCGCCGACAGCAGUGUGAGCCUGAUCCUGAUGGGGAACACAUUGGCUGCCCUUUCGCCACGCAGGAAGAGAGCGGCUUUGAGGACGAACUUCCUGCUUUUAGUUUCCUGUCGUUUGACCCCAUCAUGGUCGCGGAGCAGUUCACGCUCAUGGACGCGGAUCUGUUUAAGAAGGUGGUGCCCUACCACUGCCUGGGGGGGAUUUGGUCUCAGCGAGACAAGAAGGGGAAGGAGCACCUGGCUCCCACCAUCAGAGCCACCGUGGCCCAGUUCAACUCCGUCACCAACUGUGUCAUCACCACCUGCCUGAGCAACCCGACGCUGAAGCCCAACCAGAGGGCUCGGCUGCUGGAGAGAUGGAUCGACGUGGCGCGGGAGUGUCGGAUCCUGAAGAACUUCUCCUCGCUGCGAGCCAUCCUCUCCGCUCUGCAGUGCAACGCCAUCCACCGCCUGAAGAGGACCUGGGAGGAAGUGUCAAGGGAGAGUUUCCGCACCUUCCGCGAGCUGUCCGAGAUCUUCUCAGACGACAACAACUACUCUCUGAGCCGAGAGCUGCUGGUGAAGGAGGGCACUUCCAAGUUCGCCACUUUGGAAAUCAACCCCAAACGAGCUCAGCGGAGACACCAGCAGCAGAGAGACCUGGGAGUGAUGCAGGGGACGAUUCCCUACCUGGGAACCUUCCUGACGGACCUAGUGAUGAUGGACACUGCCAUGAAAGACUACACUGAGGGUGGUCUGAUCAACUUUGAGAAGAGAAGAAAGGAGUUUGAGGUGAUCGCUCAGAUCAAACUGCUCCAGUUGGCCUCCAACAACUACAGUUUCACUCAGGACAGCCACUUCAGAGAGUGGUUCGCAGGCGUGGAGAAGCUCAGCGAGGCCGAGAGCUAUAAUCUGUCCUGUGAGAUCGAGCCUCUGUCGGAGUCGGCCAGCAACACGCUCAGAGCCAAGAAGAACGGAGGAAUCAUGAAACGCUGGAGCGACCGGCAGCUGACGGAGGCCGGCUCCAGCAGCGCUCCAGGCUCUCAUUCCAAGUCCUUCGACCACUCGCAUUACAGACCGUACCAAGGAGGCGGCGGUGGCGGCGGCGGGGGGGACAGCGGCGACGCCCUCAGCGUCACCUCCGUCAGCUCCAGCGGUUCCGACCUGGAGGACGUAAACCCAAGCUUCCUGUCCGAUUCCCCCGAGGGACACGAGAGGAAGGUGAGGAAGAAAGAUGCAAGAAAGGAGUCACCGCAAAAACUUACCAAGACUCUGACGUCGACACCUUCAGUGAAACUUUCUGUCUCUGCUUUGGGGAGAGAUGCUCCGCCAGCAGACGCGACCUCAACGUUCUGGGAGUGCACGUCGCUGUCGUCUCUCGACACGUCGGGGAUGGGCUCCAGCUCCGGCUCGGCCUCGGGCUCCAGCAGCGCCUCGUCCUCCUCCGUCUCCUCCUCCACACCGAUGUCGGCAUCGCGCUCACACAAACGCUCGGUGUCGGCGGUGUCGAACUACUCGACUCUGUCGCUGCCGCUGUACAACCAGCAGGUGGACGACUGCUGCAUCAUCAGGGUCAGCCUGGACGUGGAGAACGGAAACUUGUACAAGAGCAUCCUGGUGACGAGUCAAGAUAAGACUCCGGCGGUCAUCAGGAAAGCGAUGAUCAAACACAACCUGGAUCGAGAGAAGACCGAGGAGUACGAGCUGAUGCAGAAAAUCUCUGAGGACAAAGAGCUUCGGAUCCCGGACAACGCCAACGUCUUCUACGCCAUGAACUCCACUGCCAACUACGACUUCGUGUUGAAGAAGCGCGGCCCGAACCGGCCGGUGCGAGCCAAGAACGUGGCCAGUUCGACGCUGCCUCGCAUGAAACAGAAGGGACUGAAAAUCGCCAAAGGGAUUUUCUGAGGAGGAAAACAACACAGGCCACUUCCUGCCCCCCCUUAAAAAACAAACAAACAACCCUUUUUAAACCCCACUCUCUCUCUCUCUCUCUCACCCCUGUGCCGUAACAGUCUCCGCUCCUUCAGAAGUUUCUGUUUCGGGGUCGGUCGGAGGCUACGACUAACCUGAAGUGUCUGAGUUUUGGUAGCGACUGGACUAAACACUGAGAUGCCAGAGGAGAAACCUUCCUGUUGUGGAUUUGACGGGAAGCAAAAGGAGCACCUUAACCGUGUCGUGGACCACCUGACGAACUUUUUAUUAAAAAAAAGGCUGUCAGAGGAAACGUCCUGCUGAGAGAAGAAGCCGUUUCCAGAUGUUCACGGAAACCAGUGGACACGAUUGUAGGGGAACAAAGGAAAAAAGCAGCGGCGUCGGGUCUGAAAGAUUUACUUCAUUUCCUUCAUCUUUGGUUUACAACUUGUUUACAUCGUAAAACAUCAUUUUAGUUUCACGCACCUUCGAUUUAAUUCCAAGGAAUCUCCCUCAGCAGCCUGAAUAGGUCACUCUCCAGUCUUCACUCUUCACGCGCGCCCCCUGCUGGCGCGGAGUGUACAUAACCGGACAAUGCGACGCCGUGAAGCGAGUGGACCGGCGCCCCCUGGAGUGUGUUUUUUCGAAUGUGUUUCUAAUUUUUUCAGGGAACUUUUGUGGUGUCGUGUGUGAGUGUUACCUGCCGCCUUUACCGUAACCGUCUCACUCAGUCGCUCGCUCGCUCCUCUAAGGGGGGGAGGAGAGGAAGAGGAGGGGGAGAGAGGAAGAGGGGGUUCCUGAUGUCAAAAAAAAAAGUGUUUCUGGGAACUAUAUCAGCUCUCGACGCUGGAACGCUGGGGAAUCGUUUUUAUUAACACCAGCGACUCUGAUGACGUGGACGGAUCUUUUAACUAACUGAACGCUGCCAUGUUACACACAAAAAAAAAAAAAAAAAAAAAAAGGUCUGGAAAUGGAGACGUGGUGUCAAAAAUCCAGUGGGCACAGCCAUGAGUCACAUGCCACUGUGUUUUCUUUUCUUUUUUUCUUUCUUUCUUUGUUUUAUUGUUAUAAUUCCUGAUGAUGAAUCGUAACCACUACACCAAGAAGGAUGUGGCGGUUUUUAACUCGCACUUGACCGAAGAGGAGAACAAAAAAAAAGAAAAAGAAAAAAAAAAAAAGACUGAGUGUAUAUAUCCAUUAACACCGACUGUGCAGUAUAUUCUUUUUGAAACGGACCAUGAGAUUUUUCUUUGUUAAUAGAUACCGACUUUUUUUUCUCCUUUUAUUUUAAUUUGUUUUGUACAUUUGUUUUUUUGUUGUUGUUUUUUUUUUUGCAUCUCUCUGCUCCGACACGGUGCUGCUAAUUAUUAUCUUUUUCUUCCCGACCCACCGGCCGCCAUGUUGGAAAGACGACAGAAACAGUCCGAUAUAUGGAAUCUGAACUCUGCCAAGAAAAGGAAGAAGAAAAAAAAAGAUUAAAUAUUUUUUAAUUAUAAAAGGAAAAUUUGUUUUUAAAUAAUAAAUAUAAAAUGUAUUUAUUAUUAUCGUAAUUUUUUCAAUCAAAUAUGUCAAAUAUUUUCAGGUUCCAGCUUCUAAAAUUUAAACAUUUGCUGAUUUUCUUCAUAAAAAUAAGAAUAAGUUACGAAAUACUGAGUUAAUAUUACGAUAUUAAAAGUAUAGCAAACAUUUUGAAGUCAUCAUUAGUUGGGCUGCAACUUCAAAUUAUUUUCACUAUUGAUUGUUCUGCCAAAUAUUUUUGUACUGAAUUAAUUAAUUAAUUGAAAAUGUUAUAUUUAAAAGGGACCACAUGUAGCUAAAAGCUGAUUUUCAUCUGUAGUUUCUGGGCAGAAUCUUUCUGUCUUUUAGUAACUUAUUUUAUCAGACCUGCUGUCCAAAAGCCAAAACCUAAAACACAUAAGACCGUAAAAAGCAGCAAAUCGUCACAUUAUAGAAGCUGGAAAAUGUCAAUAUUUAUUAUUUUUGCUUGAAAGUGACUUAAACAAUUAAUUAAAUAUCAAAAUAUCUGUUAAUUAAUUUUCUAUUGAGGAACUAAUCAAUUAACUGACUAAUGAUUUCAACUCUAACUCUGAGUAUUGUUUAAAAAAAAAAAGAAAAUCAUACUUAACAUUUUAUCUUUUUCUUGACAUGACUCGACUUCUAUAAAUAAAUGCAAAGCCUCGACAGGCUUUAAAGAAAAAUAGAUUUCUUAAAAAAACUCAGAAAUACACAAUAAGACACUAAAAUCUGAGUUUUUAAGUGUAUGUAUUGAAAUUGAAAUUGAAAUUCAUUAUUAAUUGUUUUUUAAGGAGGUUCCCAAAAUCCUUUAUUAGAGAAACUCUGACAUAUAAGAGACAUUAAUGAAAGAGUAAAUUAACACAAAACAGUACAAUAUCCUAAAUUUAAGUUCUCCCUCUUACAACAUGGCGGCUCUUCCUUCAUAUCCAUGGUAACCACUCUCCAAAUGUGCCAUGACAGGCCUGCGAUGCCCGACGACGACGACGCACCCCCGACGAUUCCCGCUGAUUUAUCCGGCGGGACGGUUUCUCUCUCGUGGCGUCAGCUGUGCGGUUUCUCUUUUUUUUUUAAACGUUGCGAUGACGACAGCCAGCAGAGUUUUCAAACACUCAUCAGGAUAAAGAGAAAAACUCCUUAAAUCACCUGGAGUCUCUCUUUUUUUAUUAUCUCUGUGCUGUCUUUCAUCUGCUUCUUUACUAAAAAGGGAAAAUCCAACCUGAAAACAUCUUAUCACUGUUUUUUGGUGAUGUACUUUCCACUUUUUGGGGCCAUUCUGGUGAAUUUCUUUAUUUCAUUCAAAGCUGAUUUUUUAAAGGGCUUCUUCUAUUUUUUUGGGACAGUUUUCUCUCUCAGCUGUCACUCAUCACUCUCUGUUAAUGAUCUGUUUUAUCUGAUCAACAGCAGAUCUGCAACUAUUUCAAUAAUAUAGUGAUAUUUUUAAAAAUUCAGUUAAUUGUUUAGUCUAUAAAAUGUUGGAAAAUAGUGAGAAUAGUUCUUCCCAUGAGCACGAAAUGGCUUCAUAUGACUUUAUUGUGAGUUAUGACUUUAAGUCUAUUUAUUUGCACAAGUUAAAAUUAAAUAAAUACACACAAACAACAAUAAUAUGCACUUAAUAUAAAAGAAAAAGGAAGCCACACUGGUAGAAAGAGCAUCAUUAAACCAGAAUUAAUACAUCAAUCUAGAUAUUACGUCUACUACUAACGAAUAUUUUCAUUACUGAUUAGUUGAAGAUUAUUUUCUUGAUUAAGUAAUGAAUAAUUCAGUCUAUUAAAAUUAUUAAAAAGGUGUUCCCAAAAGCCUGAGGACAUAAAGAGGAUUAAAGUUAAUAACUGUAUUAUUAUUAAUAUUUUAUUGUUAAAGAAACCAGAAAACAGUCAGAUUGAAGAAGCUGGAAUCAGAGAAUUUGGGUUAUUUUUAAUAAUAAAUGACUCACAAUGAUUAAUCAGCUUUCAGAAUAGUUGCAGAUUAAUUUGAACUUGAUUGACGAAACAGAUUGACGAAACAAUUAGUUUUGCCGUUAAUCAAUUUUUUAUGUCAUUUUCCAAGUGGAAGUUACAACAAGCACAGAUAAUAUAGUGAAUAUUCAAAUCAAUCUAAUCACAUUAAAUGAUUGAAUACAUGCAAAUCACCACAAAAAAACUAAAUACAUUAUCUCUCCCCUCCAAAACAAACCCUAAAAGCAUCUUAUGAACUUUGUCAUAAUAAUAAUAUUGAAUCAGAAAUAUGCUAAAUCUAUUAAUAAGUGCAAGAAUAAUGAUUUAAGGUUGGUUGUUAAUCCAUAAUCAACUUCCAGCAUCAUUUAAACUCUGCUUCACUUCUCUUCUCUUGAGUGCUGUUGUAUUCUGGGAAAUGUAGGAUCACCCAAUUAAAAGGGGAAAGUGUUUUCACCAAAAUAAAACAACAAAACAACAAAAUAAAUAAAACCCACUUGAAUCUCUGAAGGUUGGAUUUUUCCCGACGACUCGUUCACAUCACCGCAAAAUAAAAAUAGAAAUAAAACACUACGAACAUUUUUUUUAACCUGGAUUGCACUGCGACCAUGUUCUGCCCUUUAUUUUGUUAAAUUUUCACUUGCAUGACGUUCAUUUAAUUAUUUUUUAUUUUUUAUUUUUUUUAAACGAUCAAAUGAAUGAAGCGCCGUGAUUGGAUGGACCGAGGAGAGAGAGGGAUGAAGAAGAAGCAGCAAUACGGUGGCGAGCGGCGCGGCGGGGGAAUCGGCGUGAAUGUUGUUUUUCGUUAAAACACUGUGACCUUCGACCCCUUUCACUCCGCCCCCCCCCUCCUCCUCCUCCUCCCUCGUUCCCUCUCUCUCACGUUGAGCACUGUGAAAAAAAAAGAACAAAAAAAAAGAAGAGAUAAUGUCUUGUUUCCCCCUGAAUGGUGUCAGUAGUGAAUCCCUGGUGACAGGCGUUCAUCCUACAUGUGCCAAAAAAUAUGAAGGAAAGAGAGGAGGAGGAGAAGAAGAAGAAAAAGAAAGAGAAGAAAGAGAAGAAGAAGGAAAAGAAAGAGAAGAAGAAGAAGAAGAAGAAGGAGGAGGUUGCUCUGCCUUUCACAGUGUGUGGGGAAGGAAAAAAAAUUCAAGUUUGUAAUGUUUACUUGUUGUUUCGCAUUUUUCUGAAAAACUAAACAAAACUAAAAAAAAAAGGGGUGAGAACACUAUUUAAAAAAAAGAAGAAGAGAGAAGUUGUUACAGAAGCCAGUGUCGCCUCCUUGUGGAGAAUUUUUUAAAGGAUUUUAAGCAUCCGAUGAAACUUGAAGCAAAGAUUUAUUUGUGAUGAAAGUGCAGAUGAUGAAGCCGCCGUAGAAAACCGCUAAAAACGUUAAAAAACUGGAGCGUCUCUGCUGCUAAAAUCAGGUUUUUUAUUCCAACCAAACUUUUUAUUUAGAAGUUAAAUCAGUGAGGAAAAGAUCAUCCUUCACUUCUGUCCAUUGUGUUUAAAAUCUUACUCAACUUACUGAAUUAUACUGUGUACAUUUUCUCCGACUGGUGCUCAACAUUUUACAUAUUUUUGCCAAAGUUUCAGGGAUUUAAAAAACAAAACAACACAUAGAAGAUCGACACUGUGUUUUACACUUUUGCAACAGGACCUUGAAUGCAUCACUGUGUCUGUAAAAAAGAAAAAAGGUGUUAUAGUUUCUCCUGCUUGUGUCGACUCGUAAUGGUUAAAAAAAAGCUGGUUCAUUAUUAUUACAUUUAGACACAUUUCUGAAAGGAUAAAUGGUAUUAUUCUAUAUUGUUCUUAUUGUUUACAAAUGCAAUGAGAAGAAGAAUGAAAUUGGACCUAAAAAAGCCCAAAAAAAUCUUCUUAAAAGAAAAAAAAAGCAAAAGCAGCAACACACACAAAACUCUCUGACUUCCCCUGCUGGUUGCUCUCAGCUCCAAGUCUUAUUUUUUCCUACUGAAAAUGAAAUACAUCUUUAAAAACUGGUCACAAAUAUAUAGUUUAAGCAGCUGGACACUGUAGUUAGUUUUAAUAAGGAUGCAACCAACUAUUAUCUACACUCUCAAUUAGACAUUUUGUGUAAAAGAUGUCAGAAAAUAGUGAAAAAUGCUUAUUGUGACGUCCAGAAAUUCAAUUUAUGACACAGAAAAGCUUCAUAUUGUCAUUUUUAAGAAGCUGCAACCAGCAAAUCUUUAAUAUUUAUGCUUAAAAAAACAUAUUUAGUUAUUGUCAGAAUAGUUGCAGCUUUAGUUUUUUAGUUCUUUAGUAACGUCACUCUAACAAGGAGGGAAAAGAAACAUUAUCUUCACUCUAAGUUAAUAGUUCAAAAUCCAAAGAAAUUUAAUUUACCGUCCCGAACGACACAGAAAAGCUUUGUAUCGUCUCUUUUAAGGAGCUGCAACCAGCAAACCUUUAAGUAACGUCACUCAGAAAUGAGGUGAAAGUGCAUUUGAAGGGGAAAAAAAGGACAUAAGUUCCGUUUUCCCAGCAUGACUUGAACGCAGCAUUGGUUGGAAUAAAAACACAGUAAGCAGUGAUUUCUUUCUUUCUUUCUGUGUUUUCUGCAGCAGCUUCAUCUCUUAGCGUUACUCUGCCAGGUUUUGAGAGUCUCCUGUUUGUGAGUUUCCUAAACCCCCCCCCUCACCUCUCACCUCUCACCCCCCCCCCCCCUCCCCUUACGAGCGUCUCCAUGGUGAUGCUGAGGUUGAUGUUGGACUGAUGAAUCCGUGCGUGUUGAAAAAGCUCUUUUUUCGUCGUAGCCCGUGUUGACAUGAACGUACAUUUUUCGUGAUUUGACCUGAUUCUGUGCGAGUUUGAACAAAAAAAAAAAAAAGGCUGCGUUUACAAGAAGAAAAGAAAAAAAAAAGACUACAACUGGAAACCAGCUGGCGUGGUGUGUGUGUGUGUGUGUGUGUGUUUAUAUCCGUUUUGUUUCGUUCCCCCCCCUGAACUGUGCUCGGGUGCCAUUUUUCCAUUUUAACAAAAGGAUUUCAGAACUUUUUCUAACUGCAGCCUCUCGUUUAUUUUACUUUUCCUACUUUUUUUCUUCCCCAAGAACACAAAAAACCCCUUAUGUAGAAUACAAAACUGUCCUUCUUGAUUUAUGUCUUUGUUUAUUUAUUGAUUUGUAUAUAGAGAUUUUGUUUUUGCAUUGUACAUUCUCUCCUUUCUUGGUUAUAGAUUAAUAUAUUCAUGUAUAUACGAAUAAACAUUAAG